AUGGAUGUCAAAGGAUAUUAUAAAUUAUUAAAUGUAGACCCAAAUGCAUCUGAAAAAGAAAUAAAGGCUGCAUACAGAACACUAGCCAAGAAGUAUCACUCAGACGGUCUUACAGUGUCAAACGCACUGAAAGCAUGCAAAACGGAUGAAGAGAGGGAGCGGUUAAAGAAGGAAAUGGAUGCGAAGUUUUCAGAAAUAACAAAUGCGUAUGAAGUUCUUUCUGUACCCGAAAAGAAGGCCCUGUAUGAUAAAGGAAUAGAUCCCAACCAGCAAGGAGGAGGGUUUGAAGGAUUCGGGGACGGCGAGUCUUUCUUCUCAUCCUUCUUCGGAGGGUCUAUGGGCUCAAUGUUUGGCGGAGAAAGAAGGCAGCAGAAAAACAACCCAAAGGUCGAGAAAGUGCACUUAACACUUGCCGAUGUGAUGAGCGAGAUAAAGCUAACCAGAAAGAUAACUAGAAACAUUAUAUGCAAGCCAUGCAAGGCUACUGGCUCCAUGAACACAAAGACGUGUGCUAAGUGCCGUGGACAAGGUGCAUACGUAGAAAUUACAAACAUGGGAGGAAUCAGACUGCAAAGAGAUGUUACAUGUAACACGUGCAGAGGGCAUGGAAUAAUCAAGUCUGGGCCAAGCUGUACAUCCUGCUCUGGGCAGGGAUACACCAAGAAGGUAGAAAACAUAGAAAUAACAAUACCGGCCGGUGCAACAGACGAAUACAAGCUCUCCUACAAGGGAAUGGGAGAUGAAGCAGAUGGACUAGUUACCGGAGAUUUAAUUGUUGUUGUCUCUAUAAAGGAAGACCCCGACUUUACCCGACUCACUCCAGAGCAUCUGUAUACCGAGGUAAAGGUACCAAUCAGCGAUAUUCUUAUGCAGAAACCCAUCGAGAUAACAACUAUUGAUAAGAGAGUAAUCACAGUUGGCUAUCCCACUGUAAGUGCACAGGAUAUAGGAGAGGACUACCUGCGCAUUGAUAAUGAAGGAAUCCCCAUGAGAAGAGGAAGCAAAGGAUCUCUCUUUGUAAGAAUUGUUCCUAUACUUCCACCAGUGCAGAAGAUAAAGGACCUGGGAACCGAACUACUUAACUACACAGCCAGCACAUACUCACCAACACACAGAGCAUGCUUUAUAUCAAAGCACGACAUAAACAAAUGGUACAAUAACCAGCAGAGCAGCUCUAGCCACGAGUCUCAUUCCCGCAGAGAAGAAUCCGGGCCAUCAUGCCAGACUGCAUAAUAGUGAUAUAAACACUAAUAAACC